AGGUUGUUAGACCUAUUAGUUAUUUACUUAAUCUGUUAUCUAUGGUCAUCGUCCUAUACUUUCUAAUAUAAAAUUUAUAAUACUUUCCGUAACCGUGAGUUCAAAACGGUUUGUAUUGUAUCCAUUAGUCAAAAUAAUAAUUAAAUCAUGCACAAAUGGUUAUUCACAGUUUGAACUACAAUACAUGUAUCUGUAUACAACUAAUCAUUUUUAACAUACAACUAAUAUUAGUCUUAUACUAUUAUUUAACUAGCACAAUCGAUCAUUUGUUUUUCAUUUGCAACAUAUUUUUUUUUGACAUCGAUUUGCAACAUAAUUUUGAGUAAAAGAAUGGGAAAAUGAUUAUUUAUGAAAAGUAGCUCAUAAAGGGAAUGAACAUAUUUUUAUGCUAAAGUGUGUUAUUGUUAAAAUAAAUAUUUUUUUAAAAAACUAUUAAAUCUCAUAUACCAUUAUUAUUUGAAACUCUUAACUAUAAUAUAGAUUGAUAUCAAACUAAUACAUAUACCACAAAAUCCUAAUUCAUGAAUUACUACCGGUUAUUAAACUACAAUAUUAUCAAAUCUAAUUGAUAUCUAUAUAUCUUGAAUCGGUCAUUUACAGAUUUAGUUACCGAACAGCUUUUAGGUAAUAAUUUAAACUUUAUAUGGUAUCUAAAAUCAAAUUCAGAGAUAUUUCAACUGAAAAAUAUAAAUAUAUAAUUAUUAGCUAAGAUUACGACAUGAUUUAGUUGAGAUUGUAACCCGUUACGUCAAUAACAUUGAAUUCAAAUAUAAUCUGUCCAAUUUUAUUUCUAACAUUAUAUUAGGCCUACAUUAUAUAUCAAAAUAUAACAAUGCUAAUAAAAGCAAGAGAAUAUACCCAUUUAUUUUUGAUUUUUUUUUCUGUUUUUUGCUGAAAACGGGUAUUUGAUUGCAUGUUUUAAAUAUUUUGGAAUAUAUAGAAAUUAAUUAUAUAUAUCCGGGAUAUUGUUCCAUACUAAUAAAUGUUUUCGUACAUUUAUAAACGCUUUUGGCUAGAUGGGUAACACUUAGAUUAUGAAGAUAUGCGAAUAUUUUUGUGCUCAAGAAUAUUCUGAAAUGAUUGACUAUAAUACUAUAUGAUUUUCAUUACGCAUAAACUUUUCUCACCAUAGCGACAAAUAUAUCUGAAACAAUACAAUUCAACGUGAUUUAGCAACACCAUGACUGCAAAAAUUUGAUAGCUUUCAGUUAGGACAAAUGAUAUAAGUUAAUGCGUGAGUACUGUUAGGUAAAUUUCAUUGUUUUUUCCUUUUUUAUUAGUGGUUUCAAGAGAGAGAAGGAAACAACGCAAGUUCAUUGUUAUAGAUUUACUCUAUUUUUAUUAGUAAAAACAACAUAAGUGAAAAGCUGUUUGUGCAGAGAGGUUCAUCAAGAAGUGAAAUAAAACGAGAAAAUCAUCAAGGUGCUUAGGAUUUUGACUUUUUUCGGUUGCAAGAAGAGACAUUUAAGAUACACAUUAAACAUAUCUACUAAUAAAUUAAUAAUGCAAGUUUAGAGAAAUAGGUCUAUUAUUCUGAUGAGCAAGAGAGAGAGAGCAAGAAGAAUAUAAUACCAACUUAUAUCGCUCAUUUCUUGAGUCUCAAAGAUAGCAUAUCCACAAGAGUUUAGGCAAAAAAUAUACAAUUUCGUUAAAACGUAACUGAAUCACAUAAUUUUAUAGAGAUAGCAAAAGAUGACCCCAUUUCAUUACCGUUGACUAAAAUAUAUUGCAAGUGCAUAAAGUAAAUACAAUGCAUGUUCUUUAUAAUUUAAUCCGUUUAUAAACCAAACCUUAUAUGUACCUCUCUAAAAAUUAAAAUAUUAAAUAAUAUGCACAAAAAUAGUAUAUUUUUUGUUACAUUCAUAUGUAAAUACAUAAUCAAAUUACAAAUUCAUAUCAAAUAAAUUUUUUGAAAUUUCAAAAAUAAACCCGCGCUUAAAAGUGCGGGUCAAAAUCUAGUUGAUUAAUUAUAACACACAAAGAAAAAAAAUUAAUCUGCAAGACUAAAGGAAAACAUUUGUAUAUACGGUAUGAACCAGAAUUAUUUGUUUAUAUGGUAUGAACCAGAAUUACACAGAGUAGGGGAUACUUGAAUCAAUAACGUUACACUCAAGUCUUUGAAACAAAAAUAUAUAGAACAAAGCUCGUUUAGCUUCACAAACACAAUUUUCGGGUUUAGACAUGUACAUAGGAUCUAUGUAUAUGUUUUUACACACAAAAAAAAGAUCUAUGUAUAUGUUUAAACCGGUACCGAACUGGAAAGAGUCUAUCUUUGUUGAUCAAAGCCUCUUUCCUUGAAGACGUUUUGUCAUGACACUCAAAAACACUAUAAAAAUGAAAUGGAUUCUUUGAUUCUCAAUUUGCAGCAGCUUCUGCUGUGUUGAUUCAACAUGCUGAUUCAGAUUCUCUCAUCAGAUACCUUUUUGGUUUUGAAGAUUUUGAUACAGAUUCCUCUUUAUCUGCUACUUCAUCUUUCGCUUAUAAUCUAUGGCUCUAUGUUAAAAUAAAAAAGGGGUCUAUGACAUUCAUAGUCUGCUCGUAACAAAACCUCCAAUUUAUAAUAUAUAAUAUGCUGAAUUCAAACAGUAUAAAGAUACUUACUCUUCUAAACAGAAAAAACCACUACUGUUCUUCAGUAUUUCAGUAACAAUGUUUGCAGUGGCUGCACAUUCUUAUGAUUGAAGAGAUAUCAGUAGAAAGACUACUACGGUCUCAAUGUAUAGGAGAGAGUGAUUAAGAACAUACAUACCCAUCCCAAGGGUAGACAGUCCAACAUCAUCGUACUGCUGCAUAUACCUCUGAAACAAAACCCAAGUUACAUCAAUCUCUGUCAAUACUAAAUUACAGAGGCUAGAACAUAAGUAAUAACUACACCAACAAAAUCUAAAACAUUUUGCCUGAGAGAAAUAAAGCACAGAAAAGUUUUACAACGGUGAUUUUGUAGAAAAUUACAUUUUAGUAAAAAUUGAGCUUUUUGAGUGGAUAAGAGUAACACAGAUUUUCACAUUACAUCCUAGAUAGAAACAUAUCAUGGAGUUCAAGUUAAUAGGCAAAACAAAUCCCUGAAGUUAACCCAAAAAUCUCUGCUUAGUCUAAAUAAAAAUGACUUCAAGAGAAUUCAGAAGGACUGCUCGAUCCAAUCCUCUCGUAAAGAGCUACGAAGCUAACCACAAAAAGAUUAGCAUUUUUCAAUAAAUCUAUAAGAUAACAAAAGAAUCAGGAGUCAUAGAGAUACGAUAGAUCGGACAAUAGAAACAAACAAAUAACACUCCUAGUUGUCUGUUGGUGUUCGCCAGUGUAAGUAACUGGCCGUACGUAUGGAAUCGGAAAAAAUCAGUUGGUAUUGGCUUCACGUACUGGCAACUUUUCAAAAGAAGUGCCAUCAGUGAAAGUAUGACAAGGGGAGCAUCAGACAAUCGAAAAUUCCAGGAACCCGCUCAUCGUGUAGACAGAGCCUUCAGCGAAACACUACCUGAAGAUGCUGAGACGGUUCGCACUCACGCAUCCUUGCAAAAGGAUUGACUGUUACAGACAAACAAAUGAAAAAAAUUACAGUCUCUGUAAAACUGGAAUCAUCGAAAGGAUUUACAAAAUUCGGGACAGAUUACCUUCUCGUCGAUCAGUGACAUGUCAUCAACUCCACACCCAUAAGUUCCCCGCCUCUCUUCACAUUACCACAGCUUUCAGAUCACCAAGCAUGGUUAAUGAAUUCGCCAUUGUUGGACGUGAUAAUGAGCAGAGAUGAUACUUGAAGUUUUCGUACACACGGCAGUCUUCUGCAACGAUGGUAAUUUAUGGGAGAUCUUUGGUCGGUUACAGGUUACAUACGAAGACUCCAAGCUCACUUUAAUGUCGUGUAGUGGGGCGAGUUGGACAAAGCUUGUUAAUGCUCGGAUUAAAGGACCAAAUUAAUGGAAACGCAAGGCAUUUCAGGCCUCCGUCGGACAACGACGACGAUAUGACUUAAAUGGAGUUUUUUUUAUAGAAUACACAAAAUAUGGGCCUGGAGAUAAACAAUAGGAAACCUAAAUCAAAUAACACAUAUGAAACGAAAAAUAAUUAUGGGCUUUGAGACAACGAACAUGAAGCCCAAAUAAAAGUCUAAAAGAGCCCGGAGAAGGAAAAAUAGGUUUCGUUGAUUUUUCUAGGUGACAAGUGUCUAAAUUUGCCCCGUGCUGCUUACUGAUGUGGCGCAAGGAGAAGAGAGAGAAAACUAUUUUAUUGUAUUAGAUAGAUAGAUGUGUUCAUAUGUCAAAAAAAAAGUUUUAUUUGAAUGAGAAAUGGAGGUAUAAUGUGUGUGAUUUGAGAAACUGCGUUUCUGUUGUGCAAUAACUGCGUUUCACAGACCGAGGCUGUCCAGUGCCAUGACCAAGGAUUGUCCCUCUGCCAAACAUGUUUUUGAAACGCCAAUGACGCCUCACGUAUUAACAAUAAUUCGGGUUAUAGUUUUUCACCACUUUUCGAUCUUGAUUCCUCUUCCUCGUCUUCUUCUUCGUCAUCUUCUUUCAUUAAUUUCGAUUGGGAAUCACUAUAAUCAUUUGUCCGGUUACCUCUCAAUUAUGGGGACUCAUCAUCCUCUUUUGGAAAUUUUCAAAAAUUUGACAAUUAUUCAAAGAAUAGUAUUGAUCAUCAAGUGCAAAAGCUUCAGCCCUUUGGACAUUCCUAAGGUAUAUUCUUAUAGUCAGUUACAGCGGGGUCGGCAUUUUAUUAUUUUGACGAUGAAUUUGUGGUCGAUUCGAUGUGUCUUUGUCUAUGUGUCACUUUACAGAGGAUAUAUAGUUCAUGUUCAGGCUUCGAUUGUUACGAAACUAAAGAGAUAGAGAACAUUUGACGACUACAAGGCAGUACUCGACCAAAAAGAAUGUUUCACCGCAGAUGAAUUGAUCCUAACUGAUCAGCUAAUCGAUAAAAUAACGAAACAAUGCAGAAACCAAGGCAGAGGUAUUAACAAACAUCAACUCAAAUAUAUCCCAUAUUGAUGUUUUGAUCAGUUAAUUUUACGAUUAACUAUUUUUUGGCAUAGCAGGUUAUACCAUCUUUGUCAUCGGGUAUGUCAUCGGCCACACAUAAAGAUUAGUACUACACUGCAGCUUUGGCUAAUGCAAGUUAUGAAGAUUACAAGAAGAAUCAAAUGAUUUGCUCAACGUCAAAGGAAGAGAUCAUUAAUAAUGUUGAAAUCUUCCUUAACGCUCUUUCAACUUGAUUGUGGGCCAUCGCAGUUGAUUCUGAUAGAUGCCCAUGAUAUCAUUGAUAUGUCUUUUUUUUUUUUGCUAACAUUUGGUAUCAUUGAUAUGUCACUAUGGGAUGGGAUGAUAAAAACCUGCAUCUCGUGCAUAUGAUCCGCAAGCACGAUUAGAAGCAUUGAAGAGAUAUUUUCGCAAAGAAGGAGAAACGCAAGCGCCAGCCACCGCCGUUGAAGCCUGCUGGAGCCACUUCGGUGAGUGUUCGGCUGCAAAGCUCUAAAAGCUAUACUCUUGCUUGCUGGUCAAUCCUAUAAGCAAGAAGUGCAUUGGUUUAGGGAGUUUAAAUUGUUGUUUUUCUUGUGCUAGUUUAAUCUAUUAACUUCAUGCUUUCCAUUGUUUGGAAGUUUGGACUUAAUUCUUAGAUUCUUAGGGAUUUUUUUAAACUUUUUGCGGUCUUUAAGAAUCAAAUUAGCUGUCAAAGCAAGCUAUGGCUGCAAGCUUCUUGUAACCAAAUCAUCAUUCUUAGUAAUGAAAUUUACAAUUUAGCAAAAAAAAAGAGAAACGCAAGUAUGAAUUAUUAUGAUUUUGAUGAAUUAAAUAUAUUGAAUUUUACGUAUAGAUACUCAAAGGAAGACGCUAGGUAUAAUUAAAUCUCGAGAUUAGAAUGCAUGCAUGAGCAAACAAUACCAAUAAAUAGACUAAUAUAUUCAUGAAAAUUAGAUAUGAAUCUCGAAAAUCUACAGCUGAUACGAAGAGACGAUUGAAAGGAAGAUUUACAAAAGCUGGUACAGAUUAUGAUUAUGACCCACGAGCAAAUAAUACUAAUAAAGAGACUAAUAUAUUCAUGACCUAAUAAAAAGAUGGUUGCGAUCAUAUAAUCAUAAUCGUUAUGGACGUAAACGCUCGCUCGACCAAACGCAGAAGCAGGAGAUAAUAUAAGGGAUUGUUUGCUCGUGAGUAAACAUUUUUUUUAAUAGAAGUUCGUAUACCAAUUUUAAUACCUGAAAGGCUACCAUUUUUUCAAAAAAAAAGAUAGUUGAUAUCUAAACACUUAUAAACCAACUAUGUUGCAGAUCACGUAUUCGUGGCAUUUUAACUUUUCCUUAAUCAUAUUUCACGAAACAAAGUUCAACUAUCAUAAGGAAAAUACAUAAAUAUUCCCUGAGGCAGUGUGGCUUGGACCAUGUAAUAUUGUACAUGUUCAAGGCAGCAAAAUUCACGUUAUCAAACGUUCUUUAUUUCGUCCGUUCUCAAUGUUUUUGAUGUGUGAUAUUAUAUGCCACCAAGAAAACCAUUAGAAAAACAGAGUACAUAUCAAAAUAAACUAUUUAUUGAUCCAGUUUUAUUUGUAAUCUUUACAUUUGAUACAAAUAGAAUUAAGAACGAGAUCUAACUACACACUUACUAAACAUCCUUUUUUUGUAACAUCACUUUUUCACUCAAUCAUAUUACCCAAUAGGAGACCUGUUUGGCGAAGGAGUCUGCUUUUUUUUCCUCUCGUGAGAUCCAAACGGAGAGCAGCUCAAAAUAAGAAGCAACAAAAAUAGGAUAUCUGCAACAAUACCAUAAUUUAGUUUUAGUAAAAAAUAUCCAAUAACUUAACAGGAAAAAAACUAUGGUGUUAGAAAACUGAAUUCCAUUCCAUGCACAUAUACCGUAAGAAAAAUUCAUUACUAAAAAUAUAAACAUAUCCAAUUAAAAAAAAAACAUAUCCAACUAAGAUGUAUCGUAUAUUAAUUUUAAAAAAUUAUAUAGUGGAGAAACAACAAAUGUACGAGUCCAAAAAGAUUCUCACACUCAAAUUAAAUUUAUAUAUAAAGGAAAUAAAACCAAUAAGCUAAUAAGCUCAUUCUAUGUCUACGCCUUAUCGUCUUUAAUUCACAAUCAGCUUUAGGUAAAUAGUUAGGCCGCAUUACUUCUGUGCAUUAAAAAAAUACAUUUUACAUUACUCCAUUACCCUCCCUAUGAUCGACCUUCAUUUUCUGCCGCCGCUACAACCGUCUAUAGAGACCGUGACCACCACUUUAAUGUCGCCACCGUCGUUGCAUUUAUACAUUUUGAGAUCUUUAUUUUAAUUCUCUAUAUAUAUAGGUACUAUACAAAAUAGUAUCCUUCUUCAUAUACAGCUCUUUUGACCCCUAAGGAAAUGUGUCUCUUUCGACCCUUAUGGAAAGCUUAUUCUUUAUCCUCUUAUUCUCCAAUUAUCUCGACCCGUAUGAUGAAUUGCAUACUACUUUCUGUUUUAAUUUCCUUUGUAUACCUUAUCGUCUCCCUUUCCGUAUCAAUGCUUCAGCCUAAAGACACUAUUAAUGCCUACUUCUCAUCUUCUCAAGAUCAACCUCAGAGCCUUACAGAGAUCGAUCACAUUGUCUUUGGGAUCGGAUCGAGCUUGAACUCGUGGCCUGCACGUAGAGAUUAUGUUAAGCUUUGGUGGGAUACUCAGAGAAUGAGAGGGUGUGUCUUUGUUGAUAGUCCUUUGUCGUCUUUGGAGAACAAUACAGAUUCUCAUCUUCUCCCUCCGAUUUGUGUUUCUGAAGAUACGUCACGGUUUAGAUACACUUGGGCAGGCGGUGACAGAAACGCGAUUCGGAUCGCGCGCUGUGUUUUAGAAACCGUAAGGAUGUUCAAUAACUCUGCAGAGGAAGUAAGAUGGUACGUGUUUGGAGAUGACGACACCAUAUUCAUCCCGGAAAACCUCGCAAGAACGCUCUCUAAAUACGACCACAUGUCAUGGUACUACAUAGGAGCUACCUCAGAGAUUUAUCAUCAGAACUGGUUGUUUGGAGACGACAUGGCGUUUGGCGGUGGAGGGGUAGCUUUAAGCAGCUCGUUGGCUAACGUCUUAGCUAAAAUUUUUGAUUCUUGUAUCGAACGGUAUCCACAUUUAUAUGGAGGAGACGCUAGAAUUCAUGCUUGUGUGCUUGAGCUUGGAGUUGGAUUGUCUCACGAACCUGGCUUCCAUCAGUUUGAUGUAAAUGGAAAUGCAUUGGGAAUAUUGACAUCACAUUCAACGAGACCGUUGGUGUCUCUACACCACAUGUCCCACAUUGACCCACUUUUCCCAAACUCAACUACUUUCUCCGCCAUCCAACACCUCUUCUCCGCCGUAGAACUUGAUCCUCUCCGUAUAUUUCAACUCUCCGUUUGCUACGACCGUCGGUACUCUUGGACCAUCUCUGUGUCCUGGGGAUAUACUGUUCAGAUUGAGAGUAGGCAUAUGUUUCUACGUGAUGUUUUGCGAACACAAGAAACGUUCCGACCAUGGCAAAAUUUCGGCGGGUUAGCAAGUGUGUACACAUUCAACACAAGAGAGUUUAAUCCUGAUCCUUGCAAAAGACCUGUCACUUUCUUCAUGGAACAUGUUUCUUCUACUCCCGAUGAUGGAACUAUUAAAAGUGUGUAUAAGCAAGCUUACGAGAAUUGCACGUAUGAUCCCAUUUCAUCGCCUCGCAAAACUGAAGAGGUUAGAGUGUUCUCGACAAGAUUCGAUCCCGAUAUCAGAAAAUUAAAGGCUCCGAGAAGACAGUGUUGUGAUAUUUUACCUACUUCUUCGACCGAUGGAAAAGUAAUGGAAAUUGGGAUUCGAGAGUGCAAAGAGGAUGAGCUCAUCUAUAUGAAUCCCUAGUAGCAGCGUUACUCUUUUUUUCUUUUUCUUUUUUGAGCAACAAACUGAUUUAUAUUGGGAGGCCUCACUGUAGAGAGAGCCCUAAUACCUUUAUACCCUCUUUUGUUUCAUUGCUAUCCAAAUUUUACCUAUAUCAUUGCAAAAUAGUUUCUUAUUAAUUAAUGUAUACUAAAAAUUAAACUGUCAAUCAGUUUGUUGCCUUUCAACUUUUGAGGUUUGUGGUUAGCUAUUUUCACCUGCCGUAA